UCAUUAGCGAGUUUUGCUUUAUUUUAAUUGAUUUUUAAUUGAGGAGAUAAAGGGAUACCCAAAAUCAGAACCAUGAAACCUACUGCGACAAUGGCGGAGUUCUUUGCUGAGGUUCAGAUUCCCCAUCAGAAAUUCUACUCCUCCGCGCCCUUCCCUUCGGUCUUGGCCCCGGUGGCGGCUCAGCGGAGCUCGGCCGCCCUCCUGGCCCGAUCCGUCAAGUCCCAUAGACCGUACCUUGAGUCUCUGCUCCACAAGAGCGGGGCCCUGCUGCUCAGGGGCUUCGGGGUGAACACCGCGGAGGAGUUCAACGACGUCGUGGAGGCGUUCGGGUUCGAAGAGCUGCCCUAUGUGGGCGGAGCGGCCCCGAGGACCAACGUCGUCGGCCGUGUUUUCACCGCCAACGAGUCCCCGCCCGACCAGAAGAUCCCCUUCCACCAUGAAAUGGCUCAGGUCCCGGAGUUUCCGUCCAAAUUGUUCUUCUUCUGCGAGGUAGAACCCGAGAGCGGAGGAGAGACCCCCAUAGUUCUCAGCCACAUCGUGUACGAGAGGAUGAAAGAGAAGUACCCGGACUUUGUUCGGCGAUUAGAGGAGCAUGAUCUGAUGUAUAUUCGUGUUCUAGGAGAAGAUGAUGACCCCUCAUCUCCCAUUGGCCGUGGCUGGAAAUCUACAUUCUUGACAGACGACAAGAGCAUUGCUGAGAAAAGAGCUGCUCAUCUGGGAAUGAAACUGGAGUGGACCGAAGACGGUGUAAAGACAAUAAUGGGCCCAAUCCCGGCAAUCAAGUUCGACGGCUCUAGGAACCGGAAGAUCUGGUUCAACAGCAUGGUGGCUGCAUACACAGGCUGGAAGGACUUGAGGAACGAUCCUGAAAAGGCUGUCACUUUUGGGAACGGUGAGCCCCUGCCUUCUGAUGUGAUCCACGACUGCCUAAGGAUCCUAGAAGAAGAGUGCGUAGCCAUUCCUUGGAAGAAAGGCGAUGUUUUGUUGAUUGAUAACUGGGCCGUGCUCCAUUCCAGAAGAUCUUUCACUCCACCUAGACGAGUCCUGGCUUCACUAUGCAAGUAGAAGUAUACGAGUACCGUUAACGAUAGAACGAAAAUGCUUGAGCACUGAUAACACACGGCUAUAGUUGUGCCAGUAUUCAUGCAAGAGAAACUUAAGAUCCGUAAGUUCGUAAGGAGUGUAUAUAUGGUAUCGUACUGUAUAUCGAAAAACCAAUCUAGUGCUCCUCGAUUACUAUUAAAUCUCAUCUGCAUUCACCAAAUCUGCAGUUCUCAGGUAA